AUGUCUUAAAUGCAAAAAUAUUUUGAUUACAAAACGAUGGUAUGUAUAUGUGGCAUAUAGAAUGUUCAUUUUGUUGGAGGAAUUGAAGAUUUUGAACAUUUAGCAGCAAAGAUUUCUACUUUGAAAUAAAAUUAUUAAUUAGAUACUAAAUGA